AUGGGCGAGCAUAAUCUCCUUAAUCCUGGGUUUGUGGGACCUUUGGUGAACAUCCACACGGGAGAUACCUUCUACUUCCCCAAUUUCAGAGCUUCCGGAGGACAGCUGCCUGGCUUGCCGUCUCUCUCCUACCCGAGAAGGGACAAUGUUUGUUCUUUGCCCUGGGCAUCCUCAGAGCCCUGCAACGGAUACCCCCAGCCCUAUCUCAGCAGCCCCGUGUCCAUUAACCCUUCUUUCAGCAGAGCGUGCGACCUAGCUAGAGUGGAGGAGAGCAAAUGCUACUACAGGGAGGCUUGCUCCGAGACUGCCAGCCUCAAGAGGGAGGAAAGGGUCAGGGACAAUGCUUUGAUGCCACUUGAACCUGGGAUUCCCAAUGGAAUGAGCGGCAAUUUCAGCAAAUAUGACUAUCCGGCGUCUGAGACUGUGUCCCACGAUCCCCCUUCUUGCCAGUCCUUGGAGUCAGACUCCAGCUCAUCCUUACUCAAUGAAGGGAAUAAGGGCUCUUCCAGCGAACCAGCCACAAUGGUCUCGCCUAUCAACCAAGGAAGCAAUCUGUCCACUGGUGGUGCUCCUUGGUACCCGAUGCAUACAAGGUCCCGGAAAAAGCGAAAACCCUAUUCCAAGCUUCAGCUAGCAGAGCUGGAAGGGGAGUUUAUGGUCAACGAAUUCAUUACCCGCCAAAGAAGGAGGGAGCUCUCAGACCGAUUAAACCUGAGUGAUCAGCAGGUGAAGAUCUGGUUCCAGAACCGACGCAUGAAAAAGAAAAGACUGCUUCUGAGGGAGCAAGCUCUUUCUUUCUUUUAA